AUGAAUGUCACCGAUCGCAGGAACGGAGUCCUUUCCGUUUCCCAGGAUCAACUGGACGUCGUCCUUUGCUCAGUUUGGCAGGAACCGCAGCCGAAACAGAAGGCAGCCAAUAGCUCGGAGAGUCACUGUUCCGCACACGAUUGGGUCCACAGCCUGCCGGAUGUCCGGGCGACGUGUCGUACGGUCCCUGGCCUGACCCGGGACCAGCUGGAGCUGUGCUAUCGGGCGAGUGACGUCACGGCGGCGGCCAUCGAGGGGCUGGAGCUGGGCGUCCGCGAGUGUCAGUAUCAGUUCCAGUGGCACCGGUGGAACUGUUCCUCGCUCAGCACCCGCAGCCGCAAUCCGCACACAUCGAGCAUGCUGAAACGAGGCUACCGAGAGAGUGCAUUCGCGUAUGCCGUGGCCGCGGCCGGCGUGACGCACAGUGUGGCCCGGGCGUGCGCCCAGGGUCGGCUGAUAUCGUGCGGGUGCGAUCCGUCCGUCAACCGGAAGGGCAUGUCGAAGUCGCUGCGCGAGAGCCUGGAGAAGGAGAAGCUGCGCUUCCUGGACGCCAUUGCCGAGAGCAACAGCGUGUUCGAGGAGGGCGACAGCUUGCGCAAGCUGCGGGCGAAGCAGGCUAGCCGCUGGAAGUGGGGCGGCUGCUCGCACAACAUGGCGUUCGGGGUGGAGUUUUCCGAGCUGUUUCUGGACUCGCGCGAAAAGGGCACCGACAUCCAGUCGCAGAUCAAUCUGCACAACAAUCGCGCCGGCCGGCGGGCCGUGUCGAACAACAUGCAGGUACGGUGCAAGUGCCACGGCAUGUCGGGCAGCUGCCAGCUGAAGACGUGCUGGAAGUCGGCGCCGGACUUCCGCGUGGUCGGGCGUGUCCUCAAGCAGCAGUACCGCCGGGCGAUCCUGGUCGACCAGUCCAACCUGGGCAACGGGCCGCCGAUGAUCGUCUACCGUAAGCCAAAGAAGCGAAAGCACGCGCGGCAAAACCGUCGUCCACCGAGGCGUCCGCGGGGCGACAAGCCGGAGGGCGGGACGCAGACCGGAGGCCGACCGCUCGCCGCGUCACCCGGUGGCACCAACCGGAAGCUGGAGAACGCGCUCUUCUACUACCAAAGAUCACCGAACUUUUGCGAGCGCGACCAGAUUUCCGACAUUCCCGGCACGGUCGGACGGCGCUGCAACCGGACGAGCAGCGGAAGCGAAGGGUGCGCCUCGAUGUGCUGCGGCCGGGGCUACAAUCUCAUCCGCGAGAAGCGCAUCGACCGGUGCAACUGCAAGUUUCACUGGUGCUGCUUUGUGGAAUGCGACGAUUGUGAAAUCGAAGAGUGGAUUAGCGUGUGCAACUGA